CUUUCACAGCAUUUGGAACGCCACCACCUCACAGCAGGAACAAUUUGUUGUUUUUAAAAGAAAAACAUUUACCCGGCGCUUGAAUUUUACAACAAUUAAAGCGUAGCCAGAGAAAUACUUCUUUAGUGGGGUAAAACCAUUCCGAAAACAGAGCCCGUUCCCCAACCUGAGUGCUGCUGCUGGCUUAGCCACGCACGCUGAACUCCAAUACUCAGAAUCUCGGGGCGAUGUUACUACUAUCAAGAAUCAUUUCCGCGUUUGAAGCCCAGCAGAAAAUGCACCUUUCCUGUUGGGUAACGUACGGGCUGUUGUGAAGCGGAAGUGAAAAAAGGGGGAGAGACGACUCUUUUUAAAAAAAAUCUUCUUUGACACCCCCCACCCCCCGAGAGAGACAGCUGGUCCACGCUGAGACAGUGAAAGCGAGUUGCUCGUUGUUAUCACUACAGCGGCAAAUAAUGUCCGUUCAGUUGAACGGAGUAAACGCCUUCACUUGCAUCUGAUUAAUGUGGUACCGUGGCAAGCAGCUUAGGAAAAAAGUACAAAAGUCCUAUCUUCUGAAACGCUGCACACACUGGUUGAGUACAGAGAAUAGCUUCCCUGCUGCAAACAGCUGAAGAUGCGUGAGAUUGGUAUUAUGCAGUUUAUUCCACUGGUAAAUGGAUGAGUAGCAGAAGUUUUGACGUCACUUUUGGGCCUGAAUCAUUGACCCCCAUGAGAAAGUAAAUAAUCAUAAACCCCGCUUUCUGCUGAAAUACUCCUGGCAGGAUAACAAUACUGGAGAAAGCAGUAACCAACUGCCCCAGAUGUUGUAAAGCAUAUCAUUUAUUUGGCAAUGAUCAUUCAGAAGUGCUGGAAACAAGAUGUUCUUUCAAAGCUGAGAAUCAUGCUAACUACAAUUGAUGAAGAGCACACAGAGGGUCAAAACAUCAGAACAGACUGGGCAGAAUGAUUCCCACUUUCUUUUACACGGCAUUUGAGUUGGAAGAAAAACACCAGAAUGCGACUGAACCAAGAACAGAACUUUUUAACCAAAUGGGAAGUGAAAAUCUUUUUUAACAAGGAACCUUGACAGCCAUGCUCUGAGUUUUGAACUUCUAUCAUUUUAACUUGUAAGGAAAAUAUUGGAUGAUAACAAUGCCAUCAAGGGGAAAAUACUUUAUUAGUGAAAACGAAGCUCGGAGAAGUGCUGACUCACUGUAUGAGACUUAUUGCUGUAUGACCCAGCAAUUUCCACUUGUUGUCCUCUUCCUAGUGAUAAUCAUUGGGGCUUGUAUAGCUCUGAUUGUUCUUUUGUUUUCUGUUGACCUGGAGGUUCAGAUGCACCUUCUCUUUUUUAUUACAUUAUGCACUGCUUUGGGCAUAUUUAUAGCGAUUUUUGUUCUUGUCUGCAUUGAGUCGUUAUUUCAAAGAUGGAUGAAGAUAUUUGCGUUAGUCAUUUGGGUUUGUCUUCUGACUAUGGGGUACGUUUUCAUCUUUGCUGGUGGUGCUAUCUCUGCUUGGGACCAGGUGCCAUUCUUUUUGUACAUAAACUUUGUUUUGUAUACAAUGCUGCCAUUAUGUACACGGGAUGCCAUCAUUGCAAGUGUCCUGUCAUCCAUCUCUCAUAUUGUUGCCCUCAGUGUUCAUUUCUCAAUUGUACCAGACAAUUCCUCCAUUUCUCAGUUGAUUGCCAAUGCUGUGAUAUUUUUGUGUGGUUGCUUGAUUGGCUUUUUUCAUAAAUUCUCAAUGGAACGUGCCUUAGAGCAAACUUAUGAGGACACUUUAAGCUGUAUACAAAUAAGGAUGCAGUUGGACAUUAAGAAGAAACAGCAGGAGAGCCUGCUGUUAUCAGUGUUGCCAGGGCAUAUAUCUAUGGAAAUGAAACUUGCUAUUAUUGAACGUUUGAAAGAAAGUAACUAUUAUCCACACAAGCGCGAUAAUUUCCACAACUUGUACGUAAAGAGACACCAGAAUGUAAGCAUAUUGUAUGCAGAUAUUGUGGGCUUUACUCGUCUGGCUAGUGACUGCUCACCCAAAGAACUUGUUGUCAUGCUGAAUGAACUGUUUGGGAAGUUUGACCAGAUUGCUAAGGACAAUGAAUGCAUGAGGAUAAAAAUAUUGGGUGAUUGCUAUUACUGCGUCUCAGGUCUUCCUGUAUCCUUACCAAAACAUGCAAAGAACUGUGUGAAAAUGGGGCUCGACAUGUGUGAAGCUAUUAAGCAAGUUCGGGAUGCAACAGGAGUCGACAUCAGUAUGCGUGUUGGUGUUCAUUCUGGGAAUGUACUGUGUGGUGUCAUUGGUCUUCGAAAGUGGCAGUAUGAUGUUUGGUCACAUGAUGUCACCCUAGCUAAUCACAUGGAAUCUGGAGGAGUGCCAGGACGUGUGCAUAUCACAGACGCUACACUGAACCACUUGCAUAAAGCUUACGAAGUUGAAGAAGGAAAUGGACACCAAAGAAAUGCCUACCUCAAUGAACUGAAGCUCAAAACAUAUUUGGUCAUCGAUCCAAGGACCAAACAACAAAGCCUGAAGACUCGGCAUUUACCAAAGCCAAGACAAGGUAAUGAUGGGCUGAAAAUGAGGGCAUCGGUCCGUAUGACACGAUAUUUGGAGUCGUGGGGUGCAGCGAAACCUUUUGCACAUCUUCAGCAACGGGAAGGUAUGAGCAGUGAAAUGUCAGCACCCAAUGGAAAGAUCAGGAAGGAAAUUCCCAUGCAUUCUCUCCGACUUCAUCGAACGUUAGAUAGAAACAAAUCUCAAAAAAGAAGAUUUGAAGAGGAACUGCAUGAUAAAAUGAUAACAACAAUUGAUGGGAUAAAUUCAUACAGGCAGUGGGUAAAAUGUGAUGUCUUUUCUCGUACGUUGCUGUCUUUCAAUGAAAAAGGAUUAGAAAAACAAUAUCGUUCAGUCUGUCUUCCUUCCUUGAAGUAUUAUGUUGGUUGUGCCAUUUUGAUAUUCAUUUGCAUCUUUGUGAUCCAAAUGCUUGUAAUGCCAUGCAAACUUCUACUGGGAAUCUCAUUUGGAAUUGCUGCAAUUAUUCUUCUAAUCAUUCUCUUCGUUUGUUUUGCUGCUCAUCUAAAGUGCUGGGUGAACAGUUCAACGUCUAACUUCUUCGUUGCCAUCUCUGAAACUGUAACAAAGAAACCAAUUGUGCGGUUGCCACUGAUUCUUAUUGUCAUAGGUGGUGUAUUGGUCAUGGCAAUUUUGAACUUGCACACCCUACAAGGUGCCAAUGAAACAAUGUGCAAUGCGACAAGUACCUUAAUGAAAAAUAAUAGCUGCCUUCCUUAUUAUGUAUGCUGUUGUAUUCUGGGACUCUUCACCUGCUCAGUCUUCCUCAGAGUGAGCUUUGAACUGAAAGCACUCCUACUAAUUAUUGCCUGUGUGGUUUAUAACAUCAUUUUUCUAAAGACCUAUGCUGUUUUGUUUGAUGAAUACCAUAUUGAUCUGUACAACAGCAGUAACAAUGUAACUCCUGUGAAAAACCCCAAGAUUAUGGGUAGCUUUUACCUCCUCCUGUUUGGAUUCACUCUGCUGUUUCUGGCAAAACAGAAUGAAUAUUACUGUAGGCUAGACUUCGUAUGGAAGAAUAAAUUUAAAAAAGAAAGGGAAGAAAUCGAGACAAUGGAGAAUCUGAAUCGACUUUUAUUGGAAAAUGUACUGCCAGGGCAUGUUGCUGAACACUUCAUUGGCGAAAAUAAAAAGAAUGAGGAUUUGUACCAUCAAUCUUACGACUGUGUGUGUAUCAUGUUUGCAUCAAUUCCUGAUUUCAAAGAAUUUUACACAGAAUGCGACGUAAACAAAGAGGGACUUGAGUGCCUGAGAUUGUUAAAUGAAAUCAUAGCAGACUUUGAUGAGCUUUUGUCAAAGCCAAAAUUUAGUGGUGUUGAAAAGAUAAAAACUAUUGGAAGCACCUAUAUGGCUGCUGCUGGUCUUAUCAUUGGCCAAGAAAAUAAGCAGGAUAGUGAAAAGCCAUGUACUCACAUUGGCAUCAUGGUGGAGUUUGCCACUGCAUUAAUGAGUAAACUGGAUGGCAUCAACAGACAUUCUUUCAACAAUUUUAAACUGCGGGUUGGCAUAAACCAUGGACCUGUGAUUGCUGGAGUCAUUGGAGCCCAGAAGCCACAGUAUGACAUAUGGGGGAAUGCAGUUAACGUUGCUAGCAGAAUGGAAAGCACUGGUGAACUUGGAAAAAUCCAGGUCACAGAAGAAACCUGCAAUGUUUUGCGACAACUGGGAUAUUCUUGUGAAUCUCGAGGACUUAUCAGUGUGAAAGGCAAAGGUGACCUACAGACCUACUUUUUGUGCACAGAUGUUACAAAGUCGCACUAAAUACUAAACAAACAGUUUAUGCAGUUACAAAGCAGCCACAUAAAGAAUAUUUCCAAUAUAGCUACAAGAUUGUAUGCUGAUAUGUAGUUGGCGUAACACAAAAUAAAGUAGUGGUAAAAAGUUACAAUUUUCACAAACGAAUCUGGGAUUGUGAUAGUGAAUUUUAAUUAAAAGUAAGUUGUUUAUGGCUGCACAGUUGUGAAAUGCAUGCUGUAACUAUUUGAUGAAAAGAAACAUUCUCAUGUGCCCUGCAUCUCAUAGUACAAGAAUUAAACUAUGAAAUUACAAAAAGUACCAUUCAAAUUUUAUAUAUGUUGUAGCAGUUGUUCUUUUUAAUGUUUAUGUUUUGAGUUUGAAUAUAAUUUCACUAUAGCUUAUAGAGAUAGCUAGUCUGUAGUGUCAUAAGUAAUGAGGAAAUAUAUGUAUACUUUUUGGAUUUUGAACUGAACAAGUGCAUUGUCAACAGGAUUGUACCUGACAGAUUGGCACAUUUGUUAUUUCACCAAAAUCUACUCAUUUAUGUGCAGAGUAGUUUUAAGAAUGUUUACUGCUGUAAACAGUGCUGUCACAAUUAAGUGGAUUUUGCAGUGCUAACUAGUAGUUAUUACAAAAUUCAAAACUGUUGUUAUCUAUGUUUAUUCCUCAGACCUUGUUUACCAAUGACUAUGGUGCUAGCUGAAGCACUAAAAGUCACCACAGAUUUGGUUAACUCAUGCAUCAAAUUUUCAUUACUAUGCUGUGCCAAAUUUACAUCAUGUUUUAAAGGAAAACGUUUCCCGAUGUUUACAAAUGACAAACUAUACCAGUGACUCUCAAUUGACUCUUCUUGUUAGUGCAAUGUUACUCUCUCACUUAAUUACUAUGUAAUUUCUUUACCAACAUCGGUACUUGAAAUCGUUUCAUGACUGAAACAAUGUUUUCGAUUUUAAUAAUGUGAUCUUUUUCUGCAGAGUUGAUGUCCUCUUUUAAUGUAAUUAUUCAACUUAGAGUGGAGUCAUGGGUUUUAAAUGUGCUAUUUAUGCGUGAUUCCAAAUCACUGUACAAUCCACGGGCUGCAGGUACACAAAUAUAUCUGAUCUUAUCAUGGCAGUAAACAAGUCUGGUACAAUCUACUUUUUUGUGGGUGAGAUAUGGAUUUAUAGAACAUAGAACAUUACAGCUCAGUACAGGCCCUUCGGCCCUCGAUGUUGUGCCGACCUGUCAUACCAAUCUCAAGCCCAUCUAACCUACACUAUUCCAUGUACAUCCAUAUGCUUAUCCAAUGACGACUUAAAAGUACCCAAAGUUGGCGAAUCUACUACCGUUGCAGGCAAAGCGUUCCAUUCCCUUACUACUCUCUGAGUAAAGAAACUAUCACUGACAUCUGUCCUAUAUCUUUCACCCCUCAAUUUAAAGCUAUGCCCCCUCGUGCUCGCCAUCACCAUCCUAGGAAAAAGACUCUCCCUAUCUAACCCUCCGAUUAUUUUAUAUGUUUCAAUUAAGUCACCUCUCAACCUUCUUCUCUCUAAUGAAAACAGCCUCAAGUCCCUCAGCCUUUCCUCAUAAGACCUUCCCUCCAUACCAGGCAACAUCCUAGUAAAUCUCCUCUGCACCCUUUCCAAAGAUUUGUUUUUUUAAAACUUGUUGAGGAAGACCUUUAAAAUGAUAAGUACUUAUUUUGUAAAUUUAUAGCUUUUGUGAAGUGUCUUUAACUUGUGAUUUAGUAUCCCAUAUUUUAACACCGCCUUAUGUCUAAUUUUAUGUGACCUAAACAAAUCUCAGCUGAUAGUGUAGUUGAUGAGUUGAGAAUUUUUCUUUAAAAAGCAAAAUAUGCACUCUAUUUUGGGAUAGAGAACAAUACUUUUCCACAAUUGGCAUAAAAAAGGGAAAACCUUCAUUUAAGUUACGCCAUAUUAUAGGUUGCUUAGAGCUGACAAAAUGCAUAUUUCUGAAUGCUAGUGAAGUAAUGUAACAAAAAAUGUUUUCUUUCUCACAACCUUGAUGCAAACAGGCUAUAUAAUAAAUUAUU